ACAGAAGUGCCAGUGCCUAGCCAGAGUGCCAUCCCCGUACUCUAUGGCACUUCACAAGAAGCUACUGAACAGGGCGGACACAGGUGUUGGAGCGUUAGUGAUAACAGUGUGCAUUUUAACUUAACCUGUCAGAGAGGUGAUAGUGUAUCAUACUGUGCAGAACAAUUUAGUUGCCAAUUUAAACAAGUGGAUAAAAGUUUGAAUGAAAUAUAAAUUUAUGAUUGUAUCCACAGAUAAGAAAACAAUAACCCAAUCGCUGCCUCUAAGGUCAAGUUGCUUUCUCGUGAUGCAAAUGGAAAGUUGAAGUACGGGUGGCAUUUAACCUUGUUCUAACACUUGGAAAAGAUAUCGCCGCCACCACCAUCUUUAGUCCUCAGUACGCAAGUUAAGAUCGUAUAUCAUCUGUGCCGUGUCUUCCUACACACAUAAGCAAGAUGAAGGACGACUAUCUGGCCCCCAGCGAACAUAUCCAUAGUGAGUAUUCCAGCCCGGGCCUACACCGACCUCCACUCUCUCCUCCCGACGCCUCAGCAACUCAUUUAAGCUACGGUGGAGGCGAGCUGGCAGAUGUCAUCAAGAGGGAAGACGAAGCCUACCACUACGCAACCCCCACACCACACCCUAACCACCAUUAUAGACCGGACAUGUACCCAAAACUCAUGCACAUGCCCACCACUGACCCAGAGCAUCAUGCCUCCGUCAAAACCUACGAUCAAAUCAAUUCCACCAGCACCCCGCAUGUCUUCGACGCACCCAAAAUGUAUGAUAGUAAACUCUACGACACUUCAAAAGCCUACGACAAGCUCUACGGGGGAAAGGAGUACGAGAAAAUGUCCUUAGACCAGAUGGAAAACACAACCUACGACAGUCACGAUGUCAAAUCAUACGACAAAAUGUAUGCCACUAAAAUCCACUUGGAGUCGCAAAUAGAUGAUGGGUCAUACGAGAAAUGCUAUGAGAAAACUUACAAGACUCUCGAAACGUCGGACCCGACGUCUUACGAGAGACAAUACGACUCCUCAAAGGUGAUCGAGCCGGUGGACUCGACCACAUACGAGAAGACUGUGCAAUCGCUGGACACACCUUCAUCCAUCCCAGAAACCCCAGAAAAAUCUCCAUCACGCGGAUCCAACGGCAGUAAAAAGGAAGAGAACACGAGAGACACAAGUGACUCUGAUCCCAACAAGAAACCUCCGUACUCCUACGUCGCCCUCAUCGCUAUGGCCAUCAAGGAAAGCCCGGAGAGAAAACUACAGCUGAGUGAAAUCUACCAAUGGAUCGCCACAAAAUUUCCCUUCUACGCCCAGCAAAACGCCAAGGAGAAGCAGGGAUGGAAGAAUUCCAUCCGCCAUAACCUGAGCCUCAACGAAUGUUUCGUGAAGACCCCGCGGGAGGGGGGCGGAGGCGGUGGCAAGGGCAACUACUGGACGCUAGAUCCAAUGCACGAAGACAUGUUCGAGCACGGUAACUACAAGCGCCGACGGAGGAUGAAAAGGCCCAAUAUGUACCGACACGCCUACGCUUACCCAGACUACCUAGGUCUCACCUCCAGAGCCUUCUUUCCAACCUCUCCGAGCGGGAGCUGGGGGCUGAGUCAGAUGCAGAGUAGCCAGUUAGGGGGCUACACUCAGAACCAUCCUCGAAGCCAUACUCCACACUCCUAUGGCUACCCACAGAUGAACCAGUUGCAGGGGCAGAUGCAAUUGAGUGGUGGGUACCAGCAGCUAGGAGGAUCCCUGGGCACCGCUGGGCUAGGGUCAGCACCGCUGCCCUCAGGAGCGCUCGGGUCAGGUCUUCCCAGUCAUUUGGGAGGAGGCAUCCUGGGUGGUUCUUCGCCCUCCAUAUCCUCCCCUGGCAGCACUCCCGGCACCCUAGGUUCAGCUCCUCCCCUAUGGACCUCAGGAUCAGGGUCUAGCCUCUCCUCAGGGCUUGGUGCGGGUGGAUUCCUAGGGUCUAGUAGCAGUCUGGGGUCCCCUUCCGCAGCGCCCCUCCAACCCUCCUUUGGCGGCGGGGGUAGCGGUGGCUACGGUUCGGGUUUGAGCGCUAGUCGUCGUCAGGGAGAGACCGCCAACUCCUCGCAACUCACCUCCCUCUCCUACUACCCAUACUGGCCAGACUCCAAGCUCUAACAGAUGAUACGCCUAAGAUGUACACUGUGGAGAACUGGAGGUGCCAUGGAGUGUUUGUUCGACGACUACGAGAAUGGGCAGAACCACAUAACUACUAUAAACAAUUCAUCCCACAAAAAUGAGUUGACUGGUGAAGCAGGAGGUACCAAGUGGUCUGGUCAAGCUGGUGGCGGAUGGAUAUGCCAUGUGGCUUGGUCAAACUGGUGAUGAUCUGACACUCCAGAUGGUUUGAUCAAGUUGCAGUGAACGCUCCUGGUGGUCAGGUCCAUCUGGUGAUGAACGUUCCAGGUGUUUUGGUCCAUUUGGUGGUGAACGCUCCAUGUAGUUUGGUCCAGCUGGUGGUGAACACUCCAGGUGGACUGGUCCAGCUAUUCGUGAACACUCCAAGUGGUCUGGUCAGACGGACAUAACAGCUACUCAGGCAAUGAUGGCUCCUGGGACACAGUUCCCCAUCCUCACAUGCUGGAGACUUCAGAACCUAAUCCUUUGGCCCACGUAGUAAGCUUUCAGAACCUAGCGACCUCCACAAUGACAAGAAAAUAAUAUCAUUACUAUUAUUUGAUAUCACAUCUCGGAAACAUUUUGCAGAAAACUGCAACCUGAUGCAGUGCGUUUUAUCAUAUUUUACGUUUUCCUUAAAAGGGAUUGAUGACACCUCUCGGCAAUUCAGAGUUACCUCUGAAAGCUAAGGUGUGAACGCGCCAUUUUAGGCCCUGUCCAUUAGGGCUAAAUCUUUCCAUCCUUGCAGUUUUAGUUUAGUUUUCUAUGACACCAAAAUAUACAGAAAUUACUCAAGAAGAGCCCGUGUUUAAAUGAGACAAGUUCACCUUUUCGCCUUUCACGAAGGAAAGUAAUUUCUGGUAUGUUGGAGAAAGGUUUAUGCGCAACACCAGCCCUCCCCAAUAAAGAUAUUAGGAAGUCAGUGCAAACUUCUAUGUGCAUUUAAACUCUCUCAACAUCAAACUAUCAUAUUCAGGACUUGGCAUAUGUGUCGUGUGUAAUAAAAUUGUAUAAAAGAUAUUUGUCCACUAUGUCCAACUUAUUUUAAAUAUGCCUUAAGUAAAGUGCCUUAACCUCAAUGAUUUCGUAGAAAACACCCGCUUAAGGGAGUAACCAUGAAACACACACUUAUGGUUCAUCAGUGUCAAUGAAAGUAACCCCUGAUAUGCUAAAAACAAAUCCUUAAAAGUUUAUUUGGGAAAUGUCCAACUUGUGGAGUACUGUCACUGCAAUAUUUUGUAGUGGAUUCUUCAUGUCUUAUGACACCAACAAAGGACAUUAUCUCACCCACCGUGCUGAAUGUAAGGAUCAACUUGAGAUUCACCCUCGUCCUAAGGAAAACUUUUAAAUAUAAUUAUGCAAAUUUUUGGAUAGGUUAUGUCAACUUUGUUAUUAUUGUUUUAUUAUUAUUAUUAAUUAUUAUUAUUUUAGUUUGCGUAAAUUUAAUAUUACAGUUUACAUAAAUUUUAGCACAGUUAGACUAGGAUGCUAUGCCAGCUUUGGUGCAAAAUAAAAAAAAAAAGGGAAUACCAUUGAUUUUCAUAGUAACAUUUCACUGUUUUUCUUGGAUAAAGGGCGAAUUCUUAAGAGAUCAGAAUGUAAUCAUUAUUGUAUCACAGGAUAUUGAUAUAUACACCAUGAGGUGUAUUUCUCUCAGCAUAUAUAUACUGAGAGUUUACUUUAAUCCUUAUUUUAGGGAUUAAAUUAUUCUUGUUUGAUGAUGGAAAGGUUACCGUGCAGCCUUAAUGACUCUCAUAUAGUCGAUAGGCUUUAAAACCCAUUAACUAAUCAGCCACUGUUGUUAUCCACUAUAUUAAUGUGCCUUUCAGAAAAUAUUGUAUUUAAUUUUGUAAUCGCCUUUAUUCUGAUAUCCAGUGGCAAGAUUUAUAGCAUAUGAUCAAUGUUAAUUUUAAAUUAAAAUUUCGUACAUCAGACGAUAGUUUCAGAGAAGGUUUAAUGGCAUUUAACAUCUGCGCUAAGUCUUGUGAAACAAAUAUUUUUUGAUGGUUGUUAUACUACUGAUGUCUUACUAAAUCCUUAGAAGAUUAUGAUGGGAAAUUUGUAGCCAUAAGCUAGCUAGGACAACAGAUUCUUUAUAGGUUAUUACAUAUCACUGGGUAACAUUAUGCCAAGACGAAUAUAGGUCUGUGAAACACCAAAAACUCACAGGGAAAUUUCUGCUACGGUAUUUCAAGAAAUACCAAACACCUCCAUUAGAGUAAACGAAUUUUUAACUCGAUAGUCUAUUUUGAAAGUAGAUGGUUAUUCAGAACACUGCAAUAGUUUUGAUAUCUGUAACUUAAUUUCCGUCUUCUUUGUAUGCAACAUAAUCAUCAAAAGUUAUUAUUAUCAUGCAAAAAGUACUGUCAAAUAUGCAAGCUGUCACAGUAAUUUAUGAUCAUAUUUGUCAGCAAUGGAUGCAGAGGUCGAGAUUAGUUGUACAUAGUUUAUAUUGUAAAUUUCCUUCCUCCCAAUGCUAGUUACAUGCUUUGGUCUUUGUAACUUAUACAUGUGGCCUUUUUCUUCUUAAACCCGGAUGAAACAGAAAGACGUUAUCAAUAAAUAGAAAGGGUUUCAUAAUGUAUAAUUCAGAUGAGUUGAAAUGCCACGCGAUUAAAAUCUUUUGUAUUUUAUGAUGGCCUAAGCAGUGAAUAACGAAGUGUAUGUCAUGCUAAACAAAUAAAAAAAAAACAAAGAACUCAAGGGCAGCAUUAAGCUUCACGUGUUUGUCAUGCCAUCCCGUGUGAUGUUUAUUUACAUUCUCAUGUUAUCACCAAUCAUGUUUGUAUUUACCCUGACAUGCCAUCACCUGCCAUGUUUGUGUUUACCUUGUCAUGCCAUCACCUACCAUAUUUGUUUACCUUGUCAUGCCAUCAUCUGUCAUGUUUAUGUUUAUCCUUGUCAUGCCAUCGCCUGUCAUGUUUGCUUACCUUACUGCGCCAUGAUGUCAUAUCUGUUUACCUUGCCAUGCCAUCACCUGUCAUGUUUGUGUUUACCUUGUCAUGUUACCACCUGUCAUGUUUACAUUGUCAUACCUUCACUUGUCACGUUUGUUUUUGCCAUAUCAGGCCAUGUCUCAUGAUGGUAUUGUCAUGCCAUCAUGUGAAGUGUUGUUUACAUUGUCAUACUAUUGCAUGUAAUGUUUGUGUUUACAAUAAUAUUCCCUCAACUGUAAAAUGUGGUUUAUAAUGUCAUGCCAUGGCAUGUGAGCAUGUGACCAGAAGUGACAGUAGAGCAUCAUAACUUAUCACACAUUGUUUUAUAUCAUACAGAGCCCUGCAACACGGUGGUAAACUGUGAAGCUCUUUACAAUCAAGAAACACAGGGGUGGCCAAGGAUUCCUUUGGUAGUCUUUAUCACGUAGGGAGAGUGCCACGACUCCUGAAAUAUUUGUUGAAGGUGACAGAUAGGUAGCUAUAUCUGUGUAUAUGUAUAUGAUGACUCCAUGUGUAUGUAAACUGUUCGUCAUCUGUGCCUUUAUUUUAUACGCUGGCCGUCCAAAUGACCUCAGAGGGGUAAAUGGCUUUGAAGCCUAAUAGUUAACCCAUUAUUUGGAAAAGUACCUGGAUGUAUAUAUUCUAUAUAAAAGGCAUUGCACAUAAA